AUGCCCCCCGGUGAACUCCCGGCCAGCUUGGUCGCAGGCAAGUCCAGCGGCCGGCCCACAGUGAACACCGGCUACGGGGGUGGUUAUCAGAAAAAUACCCCAACGUCGCCCGAAGACAGCUUGAUUCCGUUUGACUCGCCGAAUACACGAACCGGAGGGGCCAAUGGCCCUGGGAACCAGGAAGACAGUCGCUCGGGUCGUGGCUCAGAAGCUGACCAGUCUGUCUACCGGGAUCGCUCAGCACCCCGCGAUCGAUCGCGUCAGAAUGGUCGGCCACACAACAAGCCUUCCGGCAGUUCAUCACGUUUAUGCCAAAAGUGUGAGGAACCUCUCACGGGUCAGUUCGUUCGAGCGUUAGGUGGCACUUAUCAUCUCGAGUGUUUCAAGUGUCAAGACUGCGGUGAGAUUGUCGCCUCUAAAUUCUUCCCUGUGGAUUCAGAGGAUGGCAGCUGCCAACAUCCACUUUGCGAGGUUGACUACUUUCGACGAUUGAAUCUCCUAUGUCACGAGUGCGGCGGUGCCCUGCGCGGCUCCUACAUCACUGCCUUGGAUCGCAAGUACCAUAUCGAGCAUUUCACCUGUUCCGUAUGUCCCACCGUUUUCGGCGCCCAGGACUCGUACUAUGAACACGAGGGCAAGGUGUACUGUCAUUUCCAUUACUCGACCCAGUUUGCCCAGCGGUGCCAUGGCUGCCACACUGCGAUCCUAAAACAGUUUGUGGAGAUUUUCCGCAAUGGCCAAAAUCAGCACUGGCACCCGGAGUGUUAUAUGAUCCACAAGUUCUGGAAUGUCCGGCUGUCGCCGGCUGACCACGUUUGGGAGGCACCGCCGGUGGAUACGGACGCCAGCGCCGAAGAGCGUGAGCGAAUUCGUCAGGAAGAGGACAUCAUGGAGGAGAAGGUUUAUAAUAUCUGGAGCACUCUCUCAACCUUUGAAGAGUCAUCUGCUGCUUGCAUUUCCGAUAUGCUGCUGCAUGUCAGCAAUGGUGCUUAUAUUGAUGGCGUUCUGGUGGCAAAACGGUUCAUCAGCCAUGUCGACAUCUUGUUCGCCGCGGUCGACCAAUUAGCCGCGUAUAUCAAAUUGCAAGAGAUGAAGGACCUCUCUUAUGGUCGGGAGGCCAAGCUCCUGUGCAAAAAGAUUGUCGCUUUCUUUUCGUUGUUGUCCAAAACACAGGAAACCGGGGUGCGGAAACUAGGUGUGACCCAGGAGCUUCUAUCGUUGGUGACAGGCCUCGCCCAUUAUCUCAAACUUCUUAUUCGCAUCGGUCUUCAAGGCGCUCUCAAACUUGAGCGGGAGCAGUCCGCUCCUGACGGUCUACAUCACUUUCUGGACCGCCUUGCAGAUUUAGAAUCGCUCUCUCCGCCGGAGGAUGAAAAUGCUCCAAUCGAUCUGACGGCUGGUGUUGAGGGGCUGGCUGAUCAACUCUCUGAUUGCUGCAUUGCCUGCAGAAACCCAAUUGACGACGAGUGUCUUCUUUGGGGAAAGAAGCGGUGGCAUCUUAAGCCGUCCCAUCUGGCAUGCUCUUCAUGUGAGACCGACCUGAGUAUUGACCUCCCAAGUGCAUUAUGGAGCGAGAGUGAAAAGCGGCCGUACUGCGUUGCUUGUGCUCAGCAAAAGAAUCUCGGCUCUAGUGCUCAGCCGGGAUUUAGCCAAGUGUCAAAAUUGCAGCAGUUUGUCUUCUUAUUAAGAGUUGCACUUGCUCGCCUCCUUGCGGUUCUCCGUGCUGGGGGAACCUUGCCCCAUACUUCAGACGACCCCAAUUUGAAAGAUUACGAAACCAAAGGCCACCGGGCUCGGCCCGGCGAGGUUCGCCGGUCGAACACUCGCUCUCAAUCACACACCGGUACUUCUCGAGAGGGCAUUGAGGAAUCAUCUCUCGAGCAAACAGUCGGCGAAAUGCGCCGGCUACGGUCAAUCAGGAACGAACGGACUUUAUCCACGACCUAUAAAAAGGCUCGCGCAUCCCGGAUCAUCGACGGCCCUGAGGGUAGAAGCGCACGGCCUGGAUCCUCUGGGAAUGAUGGCAGCGAUCCACGAGGCCCUGGCUUCCAGAUUGUGGAGGAGAGGGAUGCCAAUGGCGACACCGUCACAGAUUUGUCCUUUGGGAAUCAAGAUGCCUUGACAUUAGAUGAUAUUCCGCGCAUCGUUGCGGCCGAACAGGCCAAGGAACAGCGACCUAACGCCUACAAGCAUGCUGGGACGAAGUUAAUUGGAGCGGGUGAGCCAGUGGCCAAGUACAACCAAGGCCAUCAGCGGGGUGUGUCCGGCGGCAAUUUGGAUAUGCUCAUGGAACCUACUACCCGCACCAAACGCUACUUCUCCGAGCUCACUGCGUUGGAGUAUUUCAUUGUUCGUCAUGUCGCCGUGCUGUCCAUGGAACCAUUGGUGGAAGGGUACUUCAACAUGGAAGAAUUGCUGUCACUCAUCGAGACUCGCAAGCCGACAAUCUGGAACAUCUUCGGUCGCGCCUUCAAAGACAACAAGAAAGGUGGCAAGAAGAAGGGUGUCUUUGGCGUCGGCUUGGACUACUUGGUUGAAAAAGAGGGCACUGAGUCAAGUCAUGGCGUCGGCCCCGGCGCCUUGCGAAUUCCGACUUUGAUUGACGAUUCCGUCUCUGCUAUGCGCCAGAUGGACAUGUCGGUGGAGGGUGUCUUCCGAAAGAACGGCAACAUUCGACGAUUGAAGGACGUUGCGGACCAGAUUGACAACAAAUACGAGCAGGUCGAUUUAACAAAGGAGACCCCAGUGCAAAUCGCGGCGCUCUUGAAGAAGUUCCUUCGCGAGAUGCCUGAUCCGCUUAUGACCUUCAAACUCCAUCGCCUGUUUGUCAUAUCUCAAAAACUCCCCGACCCCGAGAAGCAGAAGCGAGUGCUACACCUGGCUUGCUGUCUCCUCCCCAAGGCUCACCGCGAUACGAUGGAAGUUCUUUUUGCAUUCCUAAACUGGACAUCAUCAUUCUCACACGUGGACGAGGACACUGGGAGCAAGAUGGACAUCCACAAUCUUGCAACUGUCAUGACCCCUAACAUCCUCUACCCGAACGCCAAGAAUAGCACCGUUGAUGAAAGCUUUUUGGCCAUUGAGGCAGUGAAUGCUCUGAUUGCCUACAAUGACACCAUGUGCGAGAUCCCGGAGGAUCUGCAGUCCAUCCUCAGCGAUCCUACUCUGUUCAAAGAGAAUGCCGAGGUUACCACAAAGGAAAUUCUCAAGCGGUAUGGGGAUAUUGCCCGCGGCAGCUUUUCACAGAAGCCCGGUAAUGGUGGCGAAACAUUCACGAUCACCAACUCCAACCGAGGCAACAAUACCCCAGCGUCAGCACGUAUCGAGACCGACCCUUCCCAGGACACGGCGUGGCAGAUGCAAAGUUCUGUGCGCCACGUCGCCGGCCCAAGCGGCCACUCCCACUCAACUAGUGCUACCCCUCAAGCCGGUCUGGAUUUCGGCCCGUCACCACCUGCCGCAUAUCGUCGUGACCGCAGCGCCAGCAACGGUAGCCAGCAAAAUCCGGGCCCAUCAGACGGGCAGAACGUUCCAUAUCGCCCCCGUCCUAGUCCAGGCGCUAUGGGUGUGACUGGGUAA